AGAAUGUGAUGUGAGAGUAGAGGAAGGAGGACAGAGUCUGUGUGUGUCUGGAGCAGCAGGAAUAGAAACGCGUCCAGGCUGUCAGCCUCUGCCUCAUGUAUUCCGAGGGUUACGGGUGCCUGUCACCCCGCCAGUCCAGAGCACCCUGCACCUGCUGGCCUUUUCUGCACAAAGAAUAUGACAGACACCUAGCCCCGAGUAGAGGCAUGGCAGCAGCGUACCUGGACCCCAACCUGAACCACGCGCUGGGCUCCGGAGCCAAGUCCCGCCUCAGCAUGGGAACGGAGCGCUCGCCAGGCGCGCUCGACCGCGUGCUCAAGGUCUUCCACUACUUCGAAAGCAACAGCGAGCCCAGCACCUGGGCCAGCAACAUCCGGCACGGAGACGCCACCGACGUGCGGGGAAUCAUCCAGAAGAUUGUGGAUAUCCAUAAGGUUAAGUGUGUGUCCUGCUUCGGGCUGCGCCUCAGCCACCUGAAGUCGGAAGAGGUCCAUUGGCUCCACCCGGACAUGGGCGUGUCUCACGUGAGGGAGAAGUAUGAGCUGAACCAUCCGCAGGAAGAAUGGAGGUAUGAGCUGAGGAUCCGCUACCUGCCAAAAGGAUUCAUGAACCAGUUCACUGAAGACAAGCCGACACUAAACUACUUUUACCAGCAGGUUAAAAGUGAUUACAUGUUGGAAAUAGCUGAUCAGGUGGAGCAGGACAUCGCUCUGAAGCUGGGAUGCCUUGAAAUUCGGAGGUUUUUCAGGGAAAUGCGGGGAAAUGCUCUGGAUAAGAAAUCAAACUAUGAAUUAUUAGAGAAAGAUGUGGGCUUGAGAAGGUUCUUCCCCAAGAGUCUGCUGGACUCCGUCAAGGCAAAAACGCUGAGGAAGUUAAUCCAGCAGACCUUCAAGCAGUUCGCCAACCUGAAUGACGAGCAGAGCAUCCUCAAGUUCUUCGAAAUCCUGUCGCCGGUUUACAGAUUUGACAAGGAAUGUUUCAAAUGUGCCCUUGGGUCGAGUUGGAUCAUCUCAGUGGAGCUUGCAAUUGGGCCUGAGGAGGGGAUCAGCUACCUUACAGACAAGGGUUCAACUCCGACGCACCUGGCCAAUUUCAACCAGGUGCAGACCAUCCAGUACUCGAGCGCAGAGGACAAGGAGAGGAAGGGUAUGCUGCAGCUCAACGUGGCGGGAGCAGCGGAGCCCCUCACAGUGACAACGCCGUCACUGAACACAGCGGAAAACAUGGCCGACUUGAUAGAUGGUUACUGCCGCCUGGUGAACAGAGCCUCCCAGUCCUUCAUCAUCAGACCGCAGAAAGAGGGAGAGAGAGCAUUGCCAUCAAUCCCAAAGCUUGCCAACAACGAGAAGAGGUUGGAAGGAGUCCGAACGGGAGUGCGAGCGAUAUCUGUCUCUGAGGAAAUUAGUGGGGACGAGACGGACGACUAUGCGGAAAUCAUAGACGAGGAGGACACCUACACCAUGCCUUCCAAAAGCUAUGGAUUAGAUGAAGCCAGGGACUAUGAAAUCCAGAGGGAUCGGAUCGAGCUGGGCCGCUGCAUAGGAGAGGGCCAGUUCGGAGACGUCCACCAGGGGGUAUACAUGAGCCCGGAAAACCCCUCUCUCUCCGUGGCAAUCAAGACGUGUAAGAACUGCACCUCUGAUAGUGUCCGAGAGAAGUUCCUUCAGGAGGCCUUGACCAUGCGGCAGUUCGACCACCCCCACAUAGUCAAGCUGAUUGGCGUAAUCACAGAGAACCCGGUCUGGAUCAUCAUGGAGCUCUGCACGCUGGGAGAGCUGCGGUCUUUCUUACAAGUAAGAAAGUAUAACCUGGACCUGGCCUCGCUGAUUCUUUUCGCCUACCAGCUAAGCACAGCCCUGGCGUAUCUGGAAAGCAAGCGCUUCGUACAUAGGGACAUAGCGGCGAGGAACGUCCUGGUCUCUUCCACAGACUGCGUGAAACUGGGCGACUUUGGGCUCUCCCGAUACAUGGAGGACAGCUCCUACUACAAAGCUUCCAAAGGGAAACUUCCCAUAAAGUGGAUGGCCCCAGAGUCGAUUAACUUCAGACGCUUUACCUCAGCCAGCGACGUGUGGAUGUUUGGUGUGUGCAUGUGGGAGAUCCUCAUGUAUGGGGUCAAGCCCUUUCAGGGGGUAAAGAACAACGACGUCAUUGGGCGGAUCGAGAACGGCGAGCGGCUGGCCAUGCCCCACAACUGUCCCCCUACCCUCUACAGCCUCAUGACCAAGUGCUGGGCCUACGACCCCAGCAAGAGGCCCCGGUUCACCGAGCUCAAGGCCCAGCUGAGCACCAUACUGGAAGAGGAGAAAGCUCAGCAGGAGGAGCGCAUGCGCAUGGAGAUGAGGCGGCAGGUCACCGUGUCCUGGGACUCUGGAGGAUCGGAUGAGGCCCCCCCAAAACCCAGCAGACCUGGCUACCCCAGCCCCCGGUCCAGUGAAGGAUUCUACCCCAGCCCACAGCACAUGGGCCAGCACAACCACUACCAGGUGUCUGGAUACUCAGGCCCCCUCGGAAUGUCCCCCAUGCCCAGCGGGGGCUACCCACCCCAGGCCUCUGUCCUGGACCCCCACGACUCAUGGAACCACCACCGGCAGCAGGACGUCCCCAUGUGGUCCCCCAACAUGGAGGACGGGGGUCCAUUGGACCUGCGGGGGAUGGGCCAGGGUCUGCCCCCCCACCUGAUGGAGGAGCGUCUGAUGAUGCAGCAGCAGCAAAUGGAGGAGGACCAGCGUUGGCUGGAGCAAGAGGAGCGCUUCUUGAAGCCAGAAUCACGGAACUCCAGGGGCAGCAUUGACCGGGAGGACGGCAGUCUCCAGGGGCCGACGGGAAACCAGCAUAUAUACCAGCCCGUAGGCAAACCAGAGCAUGCAGCUCCCCCAAAGAAGCCCCCCCGCCCUGGAGCACCCAGUCACCUGGGCAGCCUGGCCAGCCUGAAUCCUGUGGAUAGCUACAAUGAAGGAGUCAAGCCCUGGCGGAUCCAGCCCCAGGAGAUCAGCCCGCCCCCCACCGCGAACCUGGACCGCUCCAACGACAAGGUGUAUGAGAACGUGACGGGGCUGGUGAAGGCAGUCAUCGAGAUGUCCAGCAAAAUCCAGCCUGCGCCUCCAGAGGAGUACGUGCCAAUGGUGAAGGAGGUUGGGCUGGCAUUGCGGACACUGCUGGCCACAGUGGAUGAAACCAUACCCAUACUCCCAGCCAGCACUCACAGAGAGAUUGAGAUGGCGCAGAAGCUGCUGAACUCUGACCUGGCGGAGCUCAUCAACAAGAUGAAGCUGGCGCAGCAGUAUGUCAUGACCAGCCUGCAGCAGGAGUACAAGAAGCAGAUGCUGACGGCCGCGCACGCGCUGGCGGUGGAUGCUAAGAACCUGCUAGAUGUCAUCGACCAGGCCCGGCUCAAAAUGAUUGGCCCAGCCAGGCCACACUAGUCCCAGGGGAUGUGGUGGCUGGAGAGAGGCGGCUCGGCAAGGAGCCGGGAGGGAGGCGUCUGUGCUACCGAACUCAGCUGGUAUUCAGCGGGCAGCACCCAGCACACGUCAGGCUGUUUCCCCCAAACACAAGGACUUCAAACCCGGGGAAGAGACUGGACUUCCCCUUUUCUCCACUUCCAAUAAAUUUUUUAUAGACUUCUCAUAUUGCUUUCGAGUCCUAGGACCCUCGGAAAUCGGUUACAAACGCUUAUUUUAUUUGGCUGCGCCUAUCGUUUGUGCUGAUUGUACCUUGUUUUUGUAUCCAGAGACAAACACAGGUGGAUCUUCAGAUAUACAGAUCUGGGGAGAAAUGCAAGCGGAACCUGAAGGGAGAUCCACAGUAUUGUGAUGCCAAGAGUUCUGGGAAACCCCACCAUGGUUGAGAAUUCUUCACAUUUAACACAAACUCUUUCUUUUUUUGCCUUUCAUUGUUACACAGUCAGUAUGCUUAUCCCAACAUUCAAUGGAGGAUCAUAAAUAUAUAUUUUGGAGGUUUUAUCUUUUCAUUUUUUCCACCUCCUCUGACAUAGGCCAGGAGGAAGCCUCUUAAACAGUGAAUAAACUGAGUGGAAAAGUA